AUGAAGGGGGGCAGGGGCGCUGGAGGAGCUGGCGGGGGCAGUGGAGGCGGCGGUGGAAGCGGAGGGGGGGGUGGGGGUGGUGGUGGAGGUGGUGGGGGAGGUGGAGGCGUCGGCGGCGGCAGUGGAGGCGGAGGCAGCGGCGGCGGUGGCGGUGGGAGUGGAGGCGGAGGCGGCGGGUGGCGGCGGCGGUUGGGCGUGGAGGUGGAGGCGGAGGUGGUGGAGGCGGCGGAGGAGGAGGUGGAGGAGGCGGUCGUGGCUCGUCGCAAAGGAGUGGCCCCGGUGGUGGAGUAG